GCGGAAACCAUACACCCGGAAAUGAGUCAUCAUUUGGGGAGUGUCGUUGACACUUCCGUAGUCUGCCCGCACAUAAAGACCCGCAGCACAAGUGCAGGCCUUCUCUUUCCACACCCGCAUCAACUUCCACGUCAAGCCGCAGCACAUCACCAUUAUAAGAAUCAUGGCAGAGCCGCAGGAGCGCACCUUUAUUGCCAUCAAGCCUGAUGGUGUGCAGAGAGGCAUCAUUGGGGAGGUCAUUUCUAGAUUUGAAAGGAAAGGUUUCAAAUUGAUUGGCAUGAAAAUGGUUCAAGCAACUGAGGAUCUUCUUAUGAACCACUACAUUGACCUGAAAGACCGACCAUUCUUCCCAACACUCAUUAAUUACAUGAGUUCCGGUCCAGUAGUCGCCAUGGUGUGGGAAGGCAAAGGUGUUGUCAAGACUGGCAGGGUGAUGCUUGGUGAAACCAACCCUGCUGACUCUAAACCUGGAACCAUCAGAGGAGACUUUUGCAUUGAUGUCAGCAAAAACAUCAUCCAUGGCAGUGACUCUGUGGAAAGUGCUAAGAAGGAGAUUGGCCUGUGGUUCAAAGCAGACGAACUGAGUAGCUACACUAGCUGUGCCUUCAGCUGGCUCUACUGAGUGCUGUCGUGCAAACAUGUGCACACUUGGCAGGGACAGAGAGUGUUUUUGCCUCUUUAUCAAACAAUAGAAAAGAGAAAGUUAGUUUAGAUCAAUUGCUUUCUGAUCUUGAAUCCAUUGUGUACUUUUUAGGCUCAUUCUCCUAAGCAUUCCUCAAAUGACCAUGUUCUGUCCUACGUAUACUUCAAAUGUCAUUCAAAUCUGUUGAUCUGUUUGUUUUGCCUUGUGUACACCUACAAUGGAUUUGAAAUAAACAUGACACAAUGACAAAA